GUUGGGGGGUGAGUUAACGCUGUUACCAACUCAGCUACUGACAUUGGUUGCUGCAAUGGUUUAAUACCAACUUGCCGCAAGAUCGCUUUUGUAGUAGUUCUCGUAGCUGUGGAUAGCUGGUAGCACAAUAUAUACGUGACGUCGAACGCCACGUGCGUUGCCAUCUUUCAUCACAGAGUUCCCGAUCUGUAUGUUGGCAUCGUCUGUGAUCAAAUGCUACGGCGAUGUUAGUAUACCGGUCUAGUUCUAGCAUCCAUUAGUUGUCAUUAAUGUCAGUGUGAACGCUUGGAAUUUAUUUAAUGUAUUAUGAAAUCGCACAAAAUAUCAGUGUUGUUUGCGGUGUAAUAAUUAUAGAAAUGAAGCUACAAAAUGAGUUGUUCUCCUUUAUCUCGCACAGUCGUUUGUAAAGAAGUUUUUGAUGAAAAUAGUAUUCCUUCUGAAGAAGAAGUAAAGGACUAUGCACUGAAGAUUGGAAUCAACCCUGACAGUGAACCCCACCUGCUUCAGUUUGCACGAGAUGGUCUUAUGCAAGCUUUACCUGAUGGCUGGAAACCAUGUUAUGAUAAGAAGCUCGGAGCUUGGUACUACUUCAACUUCAAAAAGAGAGAGUCUCGUUGGGAACAUCCUCUGAAUGAUGUACACAGGAACCUGAUCAAGAAGGUUCGUUCAGAAAGCAUCAGCUCAGCAGGCGAGGAAGAUUCCAAGACAUCAGCCAAAGAAGACUUGAAGAGCUAUGAGGAGGCUGCAUCCACAACUCCAGACACACAGCCUUUUCCACAGUCAUUAGAAUCUCUUAAAAGCAGUGGAAUGCAGAAGACAGGACAAAUUCAACUGGCUCCACUGAAGAAAUCUCCAGUUCUGUCACCUUUAACUACUCCAAGUUUAUCAUCCCCUAAAAAGCUGCAGCCUUCUCCACUAAGUAGUCCUGUGAGCAGCAAGAUUCCAGCAUGGCUAAUGGAUCCUUCUAAACUGGUUGAGUUUAAAGAUGUUAGCAGUGGUACAUCAGAGAUUACUGGUGGGUCAGAGCCUGGAGGCAUUGCCACAAAGAUUGAUCUUGGUGGAAGGCAAAGAGAUCCAGUGGUGCACAAGGAGAUCCCAAGUCCAACUGCAAGGAUUGAUAUUGAUAGGAUGGAUAUGGGAAGUCUGGUGAAGAAAAGUGAAGAAAGUGCAGUUAGCAGGAAGGAGAGGCUUUUGUCUGCCCAGGAGAAGCACCCUCGUAGCAUGACUGGACGAGGGGAGCUUACUCUCACUGGCGGUGGUUCCAUGUUCCUAAAGUCAAGACAACAGAAACAAGAGUCUCAUAGCACAGUGUCAUCCACUCCUAGUCCAGGGGUUGAAAUAAGUCCAACAAAUGAUGUGUUUGGUGCAGCUGUGGAACUGGUUCCUCUGAGGGAUCAAGAUGAGAAUCUCCCAAAGAGUAUUUUGAGAGAUCAGCAACGCUCAGCAACACCUGGGAAGCCUCUAUGGGACAUUGAUCCUAGGGAGAUGUCCAGUGAGGAAAAGCAGAUAUGGCGCCAUCAGGAGCUUGAAGAGGAGAAGAAAAGUGUCCGUUUCAACUUGGAGCAGGAGCUGGACAUCCAUUUCAAUCUAUCUGACUUGUCAGACCACGAUGGGGUAGAAGAGGAAGAUGAAGAAGAUGAGGAUUGGAACUCAGAUGAAGAGGAUUUGGAUGAGGAGCGUUUUAUUGCAGGCAUCAAGGAGUCAAGUACUUUACACCUCAUGGAUACUUCUGCUUUAAAAGAAAUAUCAACAAGUGAACGUGCUGUCGGGAAUAUAUCUCACAUACCUGUACAGAGAUUGGCUGGUAGCAUAAAACAUCAGUUGACUGAAUCUGACGAAAGGACAAAUUCAGGUCCAACAAAGCAGAUUAACAGACCAGGUGCAAAGAGUGUCAAUGGGACAAGAUUUACCAUAGAACGAGUUCAUGAAUCUGAGACGGAGGGCUUCCCUGUUCAUUUGUCAAAACAGUCAAAAUGCAGCCCUUCAUCCCAGCAAUCAGAAUUCACUGUGACUGAGCCAUAUGAAAAGACUGAUAUGCAAUAUACAUCUAAUGUAAUAUCAAAUGUAGUUUGUUUAAGUACUGAUGUACUUAGCUCUGCAGUUGCAUCUGUACAUCCAGUAAAUGAGUUCAAGGAAGGGACUUCAGAUGUUUUGAGUGACAGAAUUGUUAAAGAUGUGGAUGAAGUAGGUGUUGGUCAAGAAGAAGGUGAAUUGAAGAAGAAUACAAAUAAAGUUGUAAAUGACAAGUCUACUGCCAAAGAGGGACAAGAUGAGGAGGUUGAAACUGAUGUGAAACAAAAAGAAAAUACUGAGGAAGCUUUUCGUAGAGAAUUUCAGGAACAAUUUGAAGCAGGGCAGGAAAAAUAUCAGGCAAGUCAACAUAGGCAUCAGGAAUUUCUAGUGAAAGAAAUUCAGAAAUUAGAGGAAGAGAAUGAAAAUGCAUUACAAAAACAUCGAGAAAUACUGGCUCAGAGGCUUAAAGAAUCCAUCAUUCAGUUGGAAAAUGAACAGGAAAAAUGUCUGGAGACAUUACAAUCUCAGCUUUCAAGAAAGGAAGAGGAACAUGAAGCUAGACUUAAGUUGCAAUUUCAAGAAAAUAUUGUGGCCUUUGAGAAGGACCUCAAAACACGACAGGAAAAUCAGGAGAAAUGUAUGCGGGAGAACAUGGAGGCAUCGCUUCAAGAACUAAAUUAUGCAUUGGCAGCAGAACAUGAAAGACAGAUUACAGCCUUGCAGCAAGAGCAGGAACAGAUGCAGUCACGGCAAGUACAAGAAUUCAAGAAGAGACUAGAGGAUGAUAGGAUACUCCUUGAGCAGCAGACUUCAGAACAGGAAGCCAAGUUUGAGCAGGAAUUGGCACAUAAGAUGGAGGAGAAGUUUGCUCAGUUGGAGAAAGCUCACACUGAGCAUGUGCAAGAGCUUGCUAAGAAGAAUGAACUGGAAAUUGAAGCUACAAGAAUUCAGUUGCAAGAAAAACUGGCAGCUCACAAGGAUGUGCUUCAACAAGCUCAUUUAAAAGAGAUGGAUGCAAUAGAUGUACAGUUACGUGAAACCAUUGACUGUGCACGAACAGCAAAACUGUCAGAGCUGGAUGAAGCAAAGAGAAGGACCGAGUCACUUGAAAAGUUGAAGAGAGAAAUGGACCAGGAACUAGAAAGGAAGAGGCUUGAGCUCACAGCAGAUCAUGAUACCAUUAUUAAAGAGCUAAAAGCAGAAAAUUCUGCUAGAAUUGAGAAGUUGAAACUGGAUUUCAGAAUGGAGGAGGAACGGGUUCGUAAGGAACACAGUGAACGAUUAGAUGAACUCCGGUCGCGUCUGAGUCGUGAGUUGGAGCUAGAACGGCAGAGGAUAGUUAAGGGCAAUGAACAGCAAAAUGAUUCAGCCCGCCAGGAAUUAGUAGAAAGUUCUAGAGAGUAUGAAAAGCUUCGCUGUGAGAAGCGCCUCUUAGAAGAUAAAUAUCGCUCACUCAAAGAGAAGUACAUCAGACUGAAAACAGAUGUAAAGAUAUCAAUGGAGAGGCGGAAACGACGUGAUGCGGGCGGGACCACAACAGGAUCAGAGACUGAACGUUCUACAUCACACAAGGCAGGGGCUAUAUCACCUUACUGCAUCGUUGAUUUAGAGCUUGCUUUUUUUGUGCCCAAGCAUUUAAUACCAGAGACUUACUUUGUAAAUCCAUGUUGUAUUUCAACUGAUGCUGGUGCUAACAGGGGCCGCCAGCAGGCUAGCGGUGGCAAUGGGUCUUCUACAGAAAAGCAGUGCUCUAGCAAGAAACGAACUGGUACAGCAGAAGGAGUGCCAUCAGAGUUCAAGACAGUCACUGUGCAACCAGUGGGAGGCAACAAUGAAACUAUAACUGCUACUAAUCCAAAAAACUGGCAGCUACCCCCCAAGCCGCUGAGUGGGAGGCAAGAGGAGGCCAGUGUGGACAGUGAUAACAUAUCAUCAUCUGUCUCUUUACAUCCACAGAAAGAUGGGAAACAUUCAGAUCCUACAGACUCACACAACACAAAUAAUAAUCGCAGACGUCGUCAACUGUUCGGACGUCUGAAAUCAGCAUCCACUUCACGUCUUCUCCAAAACAAUAAAAAUAACAAUAGUGGACGGGCAGAAACUUGUAGUAAUCAAGAUGACUCUUCAUGCUCACCUGUUGAGAAUCUGCGAAGGCAACUUCAAAAGCUAGAGGACCUAGAAGAUCAAUUCCCUGCAUCAACACACACUGACACAUAUCUGCGAUAUCCGUUCAGAACAGACUCUGGUGCUGAACCCAGUUCAAUAAUGAUGUUGUCAUAUGCAGGCCAGUUGGGAAGCUCAGAACUAGAAUUCUUCCGUCAUCGGAUUCACCUAGAACGUGACUCAGUACGGAGAGCUAAGGACUUCCUGAGAGCGCAACGCACUAGUUUCCAGUCCAGGCAGAGGGAACUUAAACAGCGGCAACUAGAUGGCAGCACAACAGCACGCAACAUGCUAGAUCAGCUUUAUCAGGUAGAAGAAAAAUCUGUUUUGUUAUUAUCACGUGAAUAG